UAUGUUCACAUAAUUAAAUAAGAAACUAACUUUAUCAUCCUCAUUCAAAACUGCUCCCAAUAUUGGACUAAUCAAAUAUUGGGGAAAGUGGAAUGAAAGAGAAAUCAUUCCAUUAAAUACAAAUAUUGGAGUAACUUUAAAUCCUAAUGAUAUAUUUACAACAACAACCUUAACAUUGAAUCCAGAAUCAAAUAAUAAUUAAUUACUUAUCAAUGGCAAAGAUUUUCCUAUUAGUAAUAGAAUUGAGAGACUCUUUGGUAUAUUCCGAGAAUAAAUACUAUAAUCUAAAUCAUUUUCAUCAAACAAAUACAAAAAUUCUCCAUCAGAUAAAUCAUUGGGUUAACUUAUUCCUGAUAUAGAAAAAUAUGGAAUUAAAGUUGAAUCAAAUAAUUCAUUUCCAACUGGCAGUGGAUUAGCAUCAUCAUCAUCUGGAUUAUCAGCAUUAGCAUUAUGUUUAUAGGAUAUUCUGAAGACAGAUAUAGAUGUACGAUAUUUGAGUAGAAUUGGAUCAGGAAGUGCAUGCAGAUGUUUGUAUGGAAAUUUUGUAUUAUUUCCAGGUGUUCAAUUACAAAAUUUAGAUAAAUCAGAUUAGUAAACAAUCAAUUUGGAAAGCAAAAGAUGUUUGCCAUAUGAAAUUGAAAGUAGUAGAUGGUUAAAAGAAAAAGUAUCAAUUGUGAUAUUAACUGAUACACAUUAAGGAUAAAAAGAUGUACUUUCAAAAGAUGGAAUGAAAUUGACAUGGGAAACUAGUAAGCUAAUUUAGGGAAGAGUUAGAGAAUAUGUUGAAUAACAUAUCAAAGAAUUAUAAUCAGCUUUAGAAAAACAAGAUUUUAAUAAGGUGAUGGAAAUAAUAAUUAGAGAUAGUAAUCAAUUUCAUGCUACUUGUAUGGAUACAUAUCCACCCUUAUUAUAUUUGAAUGAUUUUUCAAGACAAAUUAUUAAGAUGGUUCAUAUUUAUAAUAAGAAUGCAAAAAAUAUUGUUGGAUAUACAUUUGAUGCAGGUGCUCAUGCAGUAUUGUUAAUUCAUAAUGAUGAAUUAGUAUCUUUUAAGAAAUUCUUAUCAGAAGCAUGUAAAUGAACAUAAUAAUAUAUUAGAAAACCUAUUUACAAAAUCGAAGUACAUCAUACCAAGUUAAGAAUUUUGGACAUCUAUUGGGGAUGGUCCAAUCAAUUUGAAUUGAA